AUGCUCUGGAAGCUGUGGCAGGGGUCUUUUGUCCUAUCACGUGUUAUCGACUAUCUUGAAGCACGAGCUCUUUUCGGCAGUGAUGCCUAUGCAUACUAUACUUCUCUGCAUCCGAGCGCUGAGAGGCUACCUCCACUCUACCCCCUCCACGCGCUCGACUGCCAUGCAGAGAAGCAUAGUAGGCAUCACUGCUUCUCGGUUACCAGAGUUUCAGAUUAUCUCGAUCUUCCUCCAUCAUACCAUCCGCCUCGGUACAAAGCGAAUCGUUGCGUGAGCGGGGGCGGUAGCCGCGGAAACGGGGCGACUGGCGGUACCGGAGGCGGUUCAGGUACUGCAGGCGGCCGCGGCGGCGGCGGGGGCGGUGGUAGCCCCGGAGUAGACAGCGUUGUGGUGCCUGCUGCACCGACUACCGGCCACCACCACCACCAUCAUCACCAUAAUCAACACCUCACCACGACUACCACGACUACCACCACCACCACCACCACCUGCAGCACCAGACACCAGAGGCACAAACUGCCUGCCGGCAAGCAGUGCACGGAACACCGUCACCACCCACAUCACCACCGGCAUCACCCCCAUCGCUCCCACCACCGGGGCAUGAACAUGGGCCAAAAGAUUUCAGGCGGCGUGAAGAGCAUGAGCCGGGAGAGCGGUGCCGGAGCCGGCGGCGGGGUCGGUGUUGGCGGUGGCAACAACACGACGUACACACGAUCGGUGAUACCACGCGAAUUGGCCCAGGACUUCGCGAGGCCACCGCGCCUCGACGUACUCCUCGACAUGCCAUCCGCCUCGCGAGAGACACAAGUUCAUCACAGCUGGAACGCCGAAGACCGUAGUCUAAAUAUAUUUGUCAAGGAGGACGAUAAGUUAACGUUUCAUCGACAUCCUGUCGCGCAAAGUACGGAUUGCAUACGAGGGAAGGUGGGGUACACUAAAGGUAUGCACGUAUGGGAGCUUACUUGGAGCACGAGGCAACGAGGUACGCAUGCCGUGGUAGGAGUCGCGACGGCGGAUGCACCUCUUCAUAGUGUCGGCUAUCAGAGUUUAGUAGGCAACAACGAACUCAGUUGGGGUUGGGAUCUUGGUAGAAACAAACUCUAUCACGACUCAAGAAACAACAAUGGCGUCACGUACCCAGCUCUCCUCAAGUCCGACGAGACAUUCAUUGUUCCUGACAAAUUUCAUGUUGUCCUCGAUAUGGACGAGGGUACGUUAGCAUUCGUUGUGGAUGGUCAGUAUCUUGGAGUAGCGUUUAGAGGGCUCAAAGGAAGGAAACUGCAUCCUAUUGUAUCCGCCGUCUGGGGACAUUGCGAGAUCACAAUGAGAUACGUCGGCGGACUUGAUCCUGAACCUCUGCCUCUCAUGGAUCUCUGUCGAAGAGUGAUUCGGCAGCGAAUCGGCAAACAUAGACUAGAAGAGAAGAUCAACGAGCUGAAUCUACCACAGACGAUGAAAACUUAUCUUCUGUACCGGGACAGAAGGUAACCACUGAGUGAAUCUCCUCAAGAUGCCACCACGAUUAUGACUGCAAAUAUCACCGUGCUGAAACGUUGCCACUACGACGCACAGGCGACCGUCCGCUAUCCCUUUUCACGCCACCAAGGACAGCAACCCCUUAGCCGCGCGUCUCCGUCAAUGAAGCGCAUGAUGUUCAACAGACUGACAUGCAUCAUGCGACGACGCGUCGAGUCAUGCCUAGUACCUCGAGAAGGCGCGCUGAGAGAGCGACGCCGAAAUACCGUGUUGAUAACGACUCGUGGCGCCCUUAUUAGGACAAGCCACGACGACCGCAAUCCCCAUCGUCGUUACUGCCAUCAUCGAUAAGUUCAAUUCGAUGGUGGCAGGGUUGAGAAACAAAAUGGAAGAAGAGACUUUAACGAGAUUUAGAAAGAGACAUUUCUAAAUUUAGUUAUUUUUAAUUAGCGUUGUUUUAUGUUGCUUAUUGUUGUCUUAUGUUACUCGUACUUCUAACUCGGAAUAGAGAAUUAUUCUUUGUUGAUUAUUAGAGAAAGUUGUACCGAGGCGACCAAUUUCGGUAUUUUCAUAUGGACAAACAUCUAUGCGCAUAUAUGACUCUUUUUUUUAUUAUUCGAUUUAGUGACGAUGCGUGUAAAUGAUGAAUAGAAUUGUGCCAGACGAUGGCAAUACGGUACGAUAAUUUGCGCGAUUUCGGAGACGCGUGGUUAAAGCUGGAAGGCAAAAGAUUAUGCGAAAACACGAAGAAACUACAACGCUUCGCAGUUGGCCAGUAAAAAAAAUUAGACUUAAUCAAGCCUGGAGGCUGAUACGGAUGUGUCGCUUGCUUACAACGGUUGAUUGAUAGUGGAUAGCGCUGCUGGCUCCUUAGUCCGGCCACAGCAGAAAAAUGGUGGAGCAGCAAGAGGGAGAAAAAGCGAAGAGAGAAGACAUAAGAUGAGAAAGUUUUCUACGACGAGAAACUAGACUCGGCGAGAAAUGUGACCUCGAUCGCACAACUAUGAAACGAUUAAUUCAAUUUGGAACAUUUUGUAUAAUAAUGAAUAUCGAGCCACCUUCCAAUGAACUCAUUUUUCAAGUAUUUUCUAAGCAUGCUAGAUUUAAUAAAGUGCGCUAUGGAUAUAAAACAAAACCAGAGACGACGAGGAAGGUACGAGGAAGGAAGAACAAAUAUAACCCUGCCAUAAUAUUCUCUUUAGCAGUGUUCGAAAAACAUACACAUUACAAUUGCGAAUUCUGCAGUGGGGAAAGAGAGACCGAGUGGAGAAUGCGAAGAAAAAUCAUCUGAAACUCGCUCUGUGUUUGAAUCGGGUAAAAGACAUCCGAGUAAAAACUAAGGACGAAAAAACUAUUACUAAAAUUAAUUAUCUACAUCUAAUUGAUUUAAAAAAUAGUACGUAUUUAACUAAUGUUUAAGAGAAGCGAAGAACACACACGGGCAUUGGCACAAAUUAUUCCAAACGUGAAUUAAAAAACUGUCAGGGAGAGCCGCUAUGUAGCACAAUAUAAUCCGGUAAAAGGGUGUGACGAGUAACAGCGACACAUCGGGUGACACGUAUCACGGAUUUACUCAUCAUAACGAUUAUCGGAUUAUCGAUCUUAAUAGUUACAAUGACGACGAUGAACAAUGCUGCUAAGUAUACCGGAUGUGUAACUAUUAUACUAUUAGCAUGACAAAUUUUACGACUGGUCUCUAGUAUCUCUUUACUCUUACGUUUGUCGCUUAGGUUUAAAGACUUACGCCACCGUCAACGGCUAUGUCGAUUUGUAUAUAGAUAAUAUUGAUAAUAUUGUACGACGACGUAUACAUGUGCAUUGUGGACGACGAUUGUAUCCGUAGCUGCGGAAUCAGGCGGACCGAAUGUGAGAGAGUGGCAUAUACCAUCUUCAUCGUUUCACACAAAACAAAGCGAUCAUCAUCUCGCGUCGUCAGACCUCCAUUUCGGUAUAUCUUGCUUUCUGACGCGCGGCUUCGAAAUCAUCUCGAUUAUUAAUCGGUGAUGCCAUUGUUUGCAUCGGCUUAAGCUCGUCCGAGAUCUUGGAUCGUAUCGCGUCUUCCAAAAUUAUCGUCAACUGUUCGCAAUCUAUCAGACUGUUCUGAGUCUUGUUGAGAAACGUAAGUCGCACUUAGCUCUCGCACUUGUGCCGAUUACGUUUCUUGGUGCAAUUCCCUUGUGAUGAUCCGUUCGAAUGAGCUCGCUGUUCGUCCACUGGACCACAUUCCAACGGUCAUCGCAAAGCAGAUUGCGAGACACGAUCAAUCUCGCGUCACAUCCCAGGACAUUUUCAAAAAGCGCCGCACGAUAUCGCGGAACUUUCUCGCGUGUCGCACAGCUCUGCUGGCUCUCCAACACCCGGGAGCGUGAUCAGCGACGUUUGCCUUCGCUACUUCUCGUCGCGGAAUACACAGAGAAAGCACACGAAUCUACGACGCGAACGGAUCGAAUGAUAACGGACGGCUCGAGCUUUUAAAAAAAUCAUCUCUCCAGCGGUACGUCAACGUCGUCGGAGAUGACUGUCAUAUAAUGAAAACAUUGGGAACGAGAGAGAUAGAUAGUUGAGAGAGUGAGAGAGUGAGAGGGAGAGAGAGAGAAGAGAGGCGCGCUGCGAGGGCGACAAAGAGGACUUCUGCGCCGGACAGGAAGUCAUUUUCGUUGUUUUUACCGCAUAGCAGCAGCAGUAGCAGUAAUGGGUAACUUUACUUUGUCAUCUUUUAUUCGGCGCCUGUGCAUGAGGGCAAGAAACGACGAAACAGUUUUCUCCAGCGGGGCGACUUUGCAUGCCGUGAUAGAAAGAAAAAAAGAACAGAAUUACGAUUCCAAGUACGUGUAAGAGCAUGAACACAGGAAGCGUAUCCGAGGACGCGCCUCAAGCGUUUCACGAAUCGAUGUACAUUCAUUCAUACAUGUCGUUCAUAUAUCGUUAUACACGCGCGAGAAAACUGAGGAAAACUAGUACACACACGCGCGCGCGCACACCCUCAGAGAGGAAGGUUUUUCCGCGACUAUACUUAUUGCUACCCAUUGAACCGAUACUGUUUUAUAUGAAUUAUUGCCUAUAGGUACGCAUGUCACGAGCCGAACAUGAGAGAGGACAAAUAGGAUGAAAAUAUUGUACAAAAUUAUUAUUAACGAUCAAUAUUAAUAUUAUUACUGUAUCAAUCCCAAUAGUUUAAUUAAUUAUUCAAUCGUCGUUAUCGUGUUAGUCAGGUAUUUACGAAUAUUAUGAUAUAAUUGUGGUUUCCGUUUUUAUACGAUAGGGAAAACUGUGUGUACGCGAUCGAUCGAUUGAUUUGACACGGGAGGAGAUUUUUGUUCUUUCUAUGGUUCUUUCUAUGGUUCUUUCUAUGGUUCUUUCUAUGACGAGGUAAAGAAAUAUAAUCUUUGAUUAUAUAUCUUUACCUCGCCAUUCUUUUACGAAGAGUUCUUGUGAUUUAAUAUGAUUUCACUGAAAUGACGGCUUGUUCUGAGCGUAGCAAUGGAAUGAAAGCAAUGAAAUGAAAAAACGCAAAUGUAUUCUGAGCUUUCUUAUUACGGUAUUGACAUCCAUGUUGAAACAGACUUUGGUUUCUUUUUAUCUGUAUGACAAUUAAUUAAAAGUUUAAUUACUGAUAAGAAAAUGAUUCCUAUAUACAUCAUCUUUCAAUUUUUAUAUAUUUUUAAUCAUAUUUAUAAAAUUAAUAGCAUUCAAUAUUAUAAAUAUUAUCACAAAUAUAUAAUAUGACGUUAUACUUUCUUAUUUGACGUGAAUGUAUUUAGGUUGUUUAGCUAUCAGUUAAACCUCGACAUUGUCAUAAGAUUGGCUUCAAUAUACGUAUACCUGUUUGCAUUGUAUUCGGUAUUUGUAUCUACGUGCUCUUUGUCAGAUACAAAUCAGUACACAUUUUUGUGAAGAAAAAAUAAUUUUUUAGUUGGUUUUUCUUUAGGGCAAUUUGGUAUAGCUGAAAGUGUAAAUCAAUAUGAAGUAAACGUGAACCGAAAUGUGCACCGUUCAAUUUCAUUAUAUGAUUAACUAGUGCAGUUUUAUUAGAAUAUUAUGAAAUGCGGAAUGAAAUAGAGGACAAAUUAAAUUUUAUUUUAAAACCAAUUAUAACUUACUCUGGAUUGAAUUAUUACAAAAAGUCGACAAGGUACUGCCGUACGAUAAUUCAUAAUUUCGUGAUUUCGUACAUUAUUUUUGUCGGGGAAAAAAGGUAUAUUUUAUUUUACAUUUUUACAAGUAAGCUUCUUUACCUGAAGCUGAAAAAGAGCUAAGAAGAUAAUGGUAUUCCCGCUUUUAACUUACAUCGAUCGAUCGCACACAACGAUAAGCACAGGCAAGCUAGCUUUUAACAUUAAAAUCCGCGACAGCGUCCGAUUCGUUCGCAUGCGCCGUGGAAAGUGUUCCAAGAAAAUUCGCGUGGCUGUUGCAAGGAUUAAUUUCCAUGAACUGCCUGCCCACCUGCCCUUGCAAACUACGUUGCCUCGAAAAAUGUGUCUAAUUUAUUACUGAGAUGCGAUAUAUAAUGAGACGAUAAUUAGCAAUUUCUUAGUUUAAUAUGACGGGAUGAACAAGUCUCAUAUUAGUUUAAUUCGAUGCUAAUGAUCUAAAAGGGGGAAAGUAUGCGUAAGAAAGUGAUUAAGAAUUUGUUGGUGUGUUUGUAUGCGUGGUGAAUGUAUACUGCAUGCAUAUGCGAAUGCUGUGAAUACAUGGGGGAUAUUUACAAUUAAUUUUUUUUUCUUCCGCUUUUUCGUUCGCAAAUUGUUAUCGCUUGAUUUUGAAUUUUAUCAAAGUGUCGUAUUAGUCGUGGUCCAGAAAUAAAUUUCGGUUUUCUCAUGAUAAUAGCUCAACAAUUGCUCUGUAGAAUACAUUAUUGUUUGAUAAUAUGUAAUAACAUCUAAUAUUAGCUACAGGAAUAAACAUGAAAAGAAAAGAUA